AUAAAAAAAUGUAUGAAAAGACGAAAGAAGAAGUCAUGUGAUUUAAAUACACCGAACUACUUUGUUACCCAUGACAAUUAUGUACACUAAGAUGGCGGAUGUUUGAUAUGACAUGGGUCAAGUCCGUUAGGUGUAAUAUUAUACCGGUCUUAUAUGUUUGAUUUAAUAACUUAGGGUAUUAAAUUAGUGACUUAAUGUACUAUUGUGAAAAAUAAAUAAGGAUAAUGUGUUUUAAUUGACCAACUACUGAAGGACAUUUUGGAUAAGAACAGCUAUGGCAAGCAGUAUGGCAGUGCCCCGUUCUUCGAGAUCCAUAGGGUCGGGGAGGGGAAAAAAUAUCCCCCUCAUUACCCAUCCUAUGGCUAAUCUAGGGAACAUGACAGAUUUAACUAUACGUGGUACAUCAAGUCUUGGUUUACAUAGACAGAAAACUGAUGUAUCGUCCAACAGAACAAAACAAGAUCUUGGUACCAAUGUGAGAAGGUCGAACACUGCUGUAAAUAACGAGAGAGAUGCAGAGGUUAUUCUCGAUGGAAGAAAGAGCUGUCCUGAUAGAAUACUACAAUGGCCACCAGUGUGCGAUUUUGUGCCACCAUAUUCCUACCGGAAGUCCACUAUGCCAACUGGCUUUCUUCCAAAAAUAGAGGAAGCAGAGGAACAAAAAUAUAGUCAUAGGAAAAACACAGAAGUUGACAUUGGAAUAGUUGAAUACACUGUCAAAGGAAAGAAGAAAGAUCGCCUUCAAUUACCUCCCAUUGAAAAAAUAGUGGAAUUAGUUAAAGAACAAAGAGAAUAUUUAGUGGGACCCAAAGCAUCAGCUGUAAAAUGCGAUGACUUACAGUUUUCUCCGGCUAGAGAUAAAGUCCUGGAGCUGACUGACAUAGUACGAGAAAGACUAACGACAGGAUAUUACGGACUACGCCAUCUUUUCAGAGCCAAUGAUCCUACUGGCCAAGGAAACGUGUCAAGAGAAGCAUUGCUUCGGAUACUAUAUUCCCUGUGUGGAUUUAUCACAAGAGAACAAUACUCAAAGUUUCUAAAAUCUCUUGGAUUGGAAGGAAAGGAAACCAUAGCAUUCGAUAACUUUGUAGCAUGUUUUAAAGAAAAUGAGACAGUACAAAAGCAAUGGGUAAGCCCAGUACAGAGAUCAGCAUUAGAGGAGGCAUUAAAACGCAGGCACCCUGAAGACAGACUUAAACUUGAUUUGAAAAGGCACGAUCCAUAUACAUCUGCACCAUUCUCUGAUACCAUCUUCAAAAGUAAAUUAAAAACUAUUGAAGAUGCUAGGAAAGUGUUCCCUCCAAUAUGUUUUGAACCUGAUGGUAUGAUAGUGCCUCCACAACUACGAGAAGCAUACGCACACAUCGGCAUUUAUCUGCACGAUUCAGACUUCCAAGUUUUGUGGGAUAGGUAUGACACUGAAGGUUCUGGUGGUAUAAGAACAAUUCCAUUUCUACGAAAGCUUGGUUGUGAUUUGAAUCCACGGCCAAAAACGUUCCAUAGAUCACACACGCAAAUACCAGUCCAACAACCGCAGAGGCCAAAGUCCGAUCAUUUCCUUUAUAAAUCCCUGGAUAUUAUAGACAAAGUGCAACAUGAUGUGGAAACUAACACUGCAGUGCAAGUGGAAAAGACAACUGAAAAGACGGGAAAUGGCGUGAUUAAAACGACAGAGAAGUCAGAAACAACUUUGGAGAGGGAAAGCAAAACAGAAUCUACAGAAUGUGAAACUAAGGUCAAACAAGCAAAACCAAAACUAAGGAAAGGGCAGCCAAAAUUAGAUAAUAUCAUAGACUGUUUACAUUAUAGGUUUGAAGAAUCAUACAACGCAAUAUUAACGGCAUUUGAGUUAUUUGACCACUUGAGUGAUGGAUAUAUUUCCAGAGUAGACUUUAGGCGUGUUCUACAGGAAUUUGGCUUUAACAUUUCUAUAACUGAUUUAGAUCAUUUCUUAUCUAGUAUUGAAAAACUUUCAAAACAACUAAAUGAUAAAACACUGAGUAAAACAUUCAAAAGUAUAUUUGGCGGGAGACUUAAAGGAAGUGCAAACACUGCCAUGGAUAGAUUAUCAGAGAAAACAGUUCAGGAAAAAGAGAGAAAUGUUACAGUGGGGAAUGCUGAUGUUGGAAGUCGAGUCAGAAAAACUGCUUGGACUGAAUUAGAAGAGAGUGACUCAAAUGUGCACAUUGGCAACUCUAAUAUCUUAAAUAGACAAUCAACUAAUUCACACCAGAAAAACGUAACCGAACGGAAAAAGACAGCUCACUUUGGAAACUCAAGUUUUAACAAAAUGGCGAAAGCAAUGCGAGAGAGAAAAGAAAGCCAACAGACAUCAAGUGCGAUUGUCGGAAAUAGAUGCUUUAGUAGAAUGUCAGAAAAGGUUACAGAGAAAACGAUCGACCAGGAUAAAAGAUGCGUUAGUGUAGGAAAUACAAGUAUAAGUGUGGAAACAAAAACAACACAUAAGUCCGUUAGUUCUGUCGACAUCAGAUUUCAACAUGAUUCACAACCAUUGCCAAACAGCAAUUUAAGCGUAGAGGAAAUGGAAGCCAAACUUGUGGAUUAUUUCCAUGGAGAUUUUCUCAAGCUCAUGAGCUAUUUGAAAUCUUGCGAUAAGUAUGGUUUGGGUGUAAUUACCCCUCAUGAGUUCCGUGGUGCUUUAGAGAAGAGACUUGGUUACACAAUGUCCGAUAAACAGUGGGAACAACUGAAAACUGAUGUCGGACAAGAUGCAGAUGGUCUAAUACCUUACAACAAAUUCCUCCAACUUUUCGACGUAAUCAAAGCAACCAAAAAAAGGCCCGGAUCAUGGAAUAAGAAGCAGGAAGGAGGGGUAGAUGUUGUUAAGGUUGUAAAGUCAGAUAUGCCAACACCAGCAGCAGUGGAACUGUUAAUGAAAGAGAAGGCAAAGACGUCUAUAUCAUUUAAGGAGGUGGAUAAACUAAAAAUAGAUGGUGCAGGAAAUAGAACAAUUGUAGAGCUCAAACGACUGCUAGAGGAAUUGUUCAAAAAUAAGUUCCACACUUUUGAUAAGCAUUUCAAACAAAUGGACAGGAAAAUGAUGGGAAGAAUGAGUAAAUGGCAGUUUGGAGCAUUGAUCAAAUUAUGUGGAUUAACAAUGAACCAACAGGAACUUGACAAAGUUUGGGCCACACUCAGUAUCGCUAAUGAUGGAAUGUACAGCUACAGUGCACUUAUACGACAUUUUAUACAGUUUAAAAAUAAAAAUAAAACAGCAGAAAAUGUUUUAAUUGAUGAUCGCAAUUUUCUCACAGAGGACACUACAGAAGCUGUAGAGAGGGCCCAUCAGGUCCAGAGAGAAAGAAGAGAGAAGAAAGCACACGAAACCCAUGCGUCUAUAGAAAAGGUUGAACCAGAACUUCAGAAAACCGCACCAUCCUCAGCAAUAUCAGUGAAGAGUGUUCGUACAAAAGACUUAUUAGUUAAGGUUAAACCCGACGUAAUUAGCAAUUGGGAGGGACUGAAAUCUGUAUUCAAAUAUAUAGACAAGAAUGGUUGUGCGACAGUUAACUAUAAUGAAAUAACGGAAGUAAUGGAGUCAAUGAAGUUUAAUCUAUCAGCAGAAGAACUGAAGGAAUUAAUACUGAGGUUUGAUUUACAGAAAAAUGGAAGAUUUCAUUAUUUGGAGUUCAUGAAAUGUUUUUCACAUAGACCAGUACCAGCGUCACGUUACAAAACCCUUGUCUACAGCAAACAUGCACACAAACUAGAGCAAAAAGUUGCUGCACGGAACAAGCAACGGGACAUAGGAUCAGCCACUGUUGCACAAGUAAUAAACAAUAUGAGAAAGAAGAUGAUGAAUGAACACAGAAAUCUAAAGCGAGCAUUUAAAAAGAUAGAUCGUCAAAACAGAGGCUAUCUCAGUGUAAUGGAUUUCAAAAAGGUUUUGACAAGCUGCAAAGUCAGCUUUAGCAAUGAAGAUUUUUACCAUAUCCUCUCUGAAUUUGACCAUAACAUGACUGGAAAAAUAUCAUAUCAGGAUUUUCUGACAACGUUCAUGAAUGCAAAUAUAUAGAAUAAGUACAUUUAGAAAUAGUGACGACGUAAAUAUGAAGUUCCUUUUUUGGUGCAUUUUUGAAGCAAGAAAUAGUUUUAUUACGAUGAUUUUUUCAGCAAUUUAAAAAUAAGUUCACAUAGCAUUUAGCAAUAUAUUUUUUUUAGAAUCAGUAGUUGCGAAUAAUACAUCUGCUUAUUUCUUACCUAUUUUUGCUUUUGUUACUUUAGGACAAUUCAUUUAAAGCUCGUGUCCAGAUUUCUGUCUGUGCCAAACAAGAAAUUAAGGGCAGAUGAUAUUAGAUAAACUCAUAGAUACCAAAAAUUGACGUAAUCUGUUAUUAUGUUACUAUACUGUUAUAUUUGUUUAGAUAUUGUUAUGUUUUUAUUAUUUAAUAGUCAAAUAUUUUUGUUAAAUUAUACUGUGAUAAUAAAUGUUUUUGUAAUGUUUCAUUGUUACAUGUACGUCUAUUUCUUUGCAAUGUUCAUAUUAACUCGCCAUCAUUUUAAGAGAAGUAGAAUCAACUUUUUAAGCAGAAUUUGCAUUUAUUUAUUUUUAAACUUAAAAAGAAUAGUAAGCAUUUAGGAAAAUGUUUAAAUCAUUGAAAUACAAGACAAGACAUAUUAUCAUAUUUUUCAAACAACUUUGGUACUUGUUAAAAUUUUUUUAGUUUUCAUUAUUAAUAAUGAACUUAUUUCUCAUUGAUACUUUUAUUUUUAUAACCUACUUAACAAUAACAAUAAUAAAGUAGUACAAUCAAACGAUA